AUGGAUCCAAGGAAUCCGUAUAGCCAGUCUGUUGGUUAUACGGGCCUUCUUUACAGUCAACACGAAAGUGUUAAUGAUGGGAACUCUCCUUAUGAGAGUUUUCCUUCUGGAUCUUCACAGAUCCCUCAAUUCAGUUUUCAACAGUCUGUUGCUCCAACUCCACCCACAGAUCCACCCGUGGAGCGUGGGAGGAGACAUAAAUGGACCCCGGUCGAGGACGAGAUGCUGAUAAGUGCUUGGUUAAAUACCUCUAAGGACGCUAUAGUCGGCAAUAACCAAAAAUCAGGCACUUACUGGAAACGUGUAGGAGAUUUGUUCUUCGCAGCUCUUUGUGGUGGAGAUUGUGUUGAAAGUAGCCAGCAUCUCCACUAUAAACAGAGGUGGCACAAAAUCAGUAAUGACACAUCAAAGUUUUGUGGUGCAUAUGCGGCUGCAGAGAGACAGAUAUCCAGUGGUGAACAUGAGAACGAUGUACUCAAGGUGGUCCAUGACAUUUUCUUCGCAGAUCAGGGGUCCAAAUUCACACUGGAGCAUGCGUGGUGUGUGUUGAGGUAUGAGCAGAAAUGGCUCAACCUCAACAGCACUAAAGCUUCUGAUAGUGUUGGUGAAGAAGAGAUACGCCCUGAAGGUGUAAAAGCUGCAAAAGCUAAACGUAAUGGGAGUGGGAAGUCUGUUGAUUACUAUACAACGGUACUUGAACUGAGGAAGGUGGAUUUGGAUAGGAAAGAAAAGCUCCAGAAGCUUGCCAUCUUAGACACACUCCUGGCCAGAACGCAACCACUCAGUGAGGCUGAGGAAGCAGCCAAAAACAAGCUCCUCGCCGAGUAUAUUUAG